GCUCAUCCCAUUCUCCCUUCCAUUUGCCGACCUACGUAAACACACACUCCCAGUGGCGGUUCAUCUCUCUCUCUCCCAACGUCGGUUCUCCGUCUAUAUUUAAUCUGCCCACGUGAAUUUAUUCCUAGCCCUCGCAUUUUCUCCAUUCUUUUCCACAUUGGCUGCACCCAUUUUUUCCUUCAUUCAUCUAGCUACCUUGCAGCCAAAAAUGGCGGCCAGAGCCCAUCAUCUCUCCCUCGUGUUUCUCCUUUCGGUUCUGGUUCUAUCACUUCCAGGAGUGGUGUUUCCGGCGACGUUUACAUUCGUAAACCAGUGCGGCUACACAGUUUGGCCGGGUCUAUUGUCGAGCGCCGGCUCCCCGCAGGUUUCAACCACAGGAUUUGCCCUCAACCCCGGCGAGUCGAUUCCGGUUUCCGCCCCUGCCUCGUGGUCUGGCCGGAUGUGGGGCCGCACCGUCUGUUCGCAGGACUCAGCUUCUGGAAGAUUCACAUGCCUCACCGGCGACUGUGGCUCCGGCACCGUCGAGUGCGGCGGGGGGGGGGGGGCGCCGCCCGCGCCCCCGGCUAAGGGACCUCUAGACGGAUACAAUCUGCCUAUGCUGGUAGCCCCACAGGGCGGGAUCGGCGGAGGGAAUUGCACGACGACGGGGUGCGUCGCCGACCUCAAUGGCUCGUGCCCGUCGGAGCUGAAGGUGGUUAGCGCAGUUAGCAGUAGCAGCGUUGGGGGAGGGUGCGUGGCGUGCAGGAGCGCGUGCGAGGCGUUCAGGGAGGCUAAGUACUGUUGCAGCGGCGAGUAUGGGACGCCGGAUACUUGCAAGCCGAGCGCGUACUCUGAGUUGUUCAAGAGCGCGUGCCCGCGGGCUUACAGCUAUGCUUACGACGACGGCACCAGCACAUUUACCUGUGCUUCCGCGGAUUACAUCAUCACUUUCUGCCCUGCUCCUUCAACCAGUAAGAAAUCAAGUGGAGGAGCAGUCGCCGGCAAUUUGUUGGUAUCCGGUGCUGGCAACUUGAGACACACCCCUUUGCAGUUUGUUUGCAGUCUGGUAAUCUCUUUAGUUGCCAUUUCACAGCCAUGGCGAUUUCAUUGAUCGGCCUGGCUGGGCGGGGCCUGGCUGAGCAUAAUUUCUCCAUCCCCAAGAGUUCCUUGUCAAAGUCUUUCUGGGCUUGAAUUUUGGGGACAUCUAAAUAGUUUGGGUGAUUGUUACUUGUAUUGGGAACGAAGCUAGCUUGAGUUUCUUGAACUUGGGUCGAUCUUGAAGCCCGGCUAGAGCAACCGUUUCAGACGAUCUUUGGUGGUUGGAUGAGUGAAUUGUGAACUUGGCAUAUAAGGGAAGAAGCAGAAUUUUGCAGAUAUGCCAAAGAGGAUGCUUUUGUUGAUGAAGAGAAGCUAAUUCUUGCAUUUGAUGAGAAAUGUUUUUAUUAUUCAUUGGAAUUUAGUCUUCCAUUUACUGUAAUUUCUCUUAUACAGGAGAGGAGAGCAUUCGUUUGGUUUUAUCGAUCUUUUUCCCAAGCUAACGGAUGCAAUUAUAAGGAAAGCAGCUCUCUUAUAUGUUUGGAUAAAGCGUUAUUUAGAUCCCACUUGGACUCCACAUUGAACAUCAAGAGAUCUUCUCUGGAAUAGUGAUGCAAAUUUCACUUGUGAUUUUAAAGGUGUUUUCCUCUGUUGCUAUUGAUAUCUCCUGUAAAACCGUCGUGAGCUUUUCGUUUUGAUAUUUGAAACCAUUAGUGCUAUUUGAGAUUUAUCUUAAGCACAAAUGCUUGUUGUUAAAUUGAAAUUUGUAAUCAUCUCAUUUUGUGGUUUGUUGCGUUUGAUAGUAGCAAGUGUGGUAUAUUUCAUGUUUGCGAGAAAAAAAACUAUCGAAAGGUAGUUAUGUAAAAAAAGAAAAAAACGUUUGUUUUUAGAAAUGGCAGAAAUUUGAAUUUUUAAAGGCUCUUUUUUUGUGGUAUGUAAUUAGUAUAUGUGA